GCGUCGGGAAAGACCAUCUGACUACCGCGGCGGGGGGCCAGAGCGUGCGGGGUUGGAACUGGGCUGGACCUCAUGGAGGCUGCAAGCUGCCCGCGGGAGGAGUGCGAUACGAGUGCCGUAGCACCAGGAAAAACCCAUCAAGCAUGGGCUGCUCCGCGUCCGCCGAGGCGGCUCCUGAUCUCCCGCCGCCCCCGGCAGGAACCAAUGUUGGAGACGGCACGAAGGUCCUGCUGGCGUGCAUGACGCAACAUUGGAGACGACGCAGGGACAACUGGCUCGGCUUCGACGAAAGCAACUGCAUGCGCGCGAUGAAGAUUCGCGAGCGCGCCGUCGCGUUCACGCUGCACGCGGUGAACGCGCGGCAGCAGCACACCUACACGCUCGAGAGCGAGGGCGGCUGGCUCGGGCGAGUGGAUAGCGAGAGCAUACAAAUGAUGGCCAACCAGCCGCGGGAGCGCGCCGCGCGCGUGCGCGUCAACCUGCGGCGCUUCCGGCAGACGGGGCGGGUGACGCUCCUGUGCGUCGACAACAAUAGGUACAUUUCCCACCGGAACCAUGGCUGGAUGGUCGCCGACUACGGCAACGCCGAGACCGCCGGGAAGCGCAUCGACUACUACAUGGCGGUUGUUUCCGGCCGAGGCGCGGCCCGGCUCGUGCCCCCGGGCCACGUCUCGGGCGCCGAGGCCGCGCGGAUGGCGGCGCGGGCGCCGCCGGCGCCGGCGCCGCAGCGGCCGAGCGCCCGGCCGCCGCAGCCGCAGCCGCGGCGCGCGCGCGCCGAGGACUACGACGAGUUCAUGGCCUUCACGGGCGUCGACCGCGCGACGGCGGAGCGCUUCGUCGACGGCGCGCUCGGCCGCGGCCUGAGCCUCCGCGACGCGAUCCGCGCCUUCUUCGAGGGCCAGGGCUCGCCGAAGCCGCCGCCGCCGCCGCCGCUCGAGGUCUCGUUCCGCACGAACGGCGGCCAGACCUUUUCCGCGGGCGACCUCGGGGCCGAGGUCACGGAGGCGAGCGCCGUCGGGGAGCUGCGGGCGCUCGUGGCGAAGCACUACGACAGCGAGCCGAAGCGCAUCCGGCUCGUGAGCCGCGGGAAUAUUCUGCGCGACGACGCGCAGACGCUGGGCGCCGCGGGCGUCCGCCCGAAGGACAAGCUCAUGGUCGUCGUCAUGAAGGGCGCGACGCGGUUCUCCAAAGGGCGGAAGUGA